AGUUCAAAGAUCAUAUCUACUGGGCUUCCAGAUUGAAUAAAUGCGCUCAGGAAUGGGCUUAGCAUUGUGAGGCCCAAAUAUAUGUGAUAACCCCCGACGGCUGACGCAAAUCACUCUGCUUCCAACUCUCGCAACAAUGGAGCUCCACAUCCAUCAUCUAUGCUCCUCCUCAUCAUACUCCUUCCUCAUUUCACCCCUCACCCAUUCGAAGAAAUUCCCCAGAGAGCUGAAAAUUCAUAAAACCAUACAAUUCUUUAGAGUCUGUGCAGCAAAGUCAAUCCCGGACUCGGAGAACGCUUCUUCACUAGACCUGCAAAAAUGCUCGAAGAAGGAACUCUCUCGGAUUCUCCGAACCGAGGCGGCCAUCAAUGCUAUUGAGAGGAAAGCAAACUCUAGCAAGUACAAUAACCUCUGGCCCAAGCCUGUCUUGGAGGCUCUCGAUGAUGCUAUCAAGGGAAACCGUUGGGAGUCUGCUCUUAAGAUUUUCAGGCUUCUUCGUAAGCAACACUGGUAUGAGCCAAGAUCCCGGACAUAUGCAAGGCUUUUGGUAAUGCUUGGCAAGUGCAGGCAGCCAAACCAAGCUAGCUUACUUUUUGAUCUCAUGCGAUCUGAUGGGCUUCAACCAACGCUGGAUGUUUACACUGCGCUUGCAAGUGCAUACGGUCUUAGUGGCCUACUUGAUGAGGCAUGGCAUACGAUUCAUGAUAUGAAGUCGAUCUCUGAUUGCAAACCUGAUGUGUAUACUUACUCAAUCCUUAUCAAAUGCUGCAUGAAAUUCCAACGUUAUGAUAUGAUUGAGCACAUUUUAGCUGAGAUGUCGUAUUUGGGAAUUGAAUGCAGUACCGUGACUUACAAUACUAUAAUUGAUGGAUAUGGAAAAGCUAAUCUUUUUGAACAAAUGGAAAACUCCUUGAUGGAGAUGAUUGAGAGUGGCAUGAGCCUUCCCGAUGUUUUCACUUUGAAUUCAGUUAUUGGAGCCUAUGGCAAAUCUGGAAACAUUGAGAAAAUGGAGAAGUGGUUCGAUGAGUUCCAGCUUAUGGGGAUAAAGCCAGAUGUCAUGACAUUUAAUAUACUAAUUAAGUCAUAUGGAAAAGCAAAAAUGUAUGCAAAAAUGGGUUCGGUACUUGAUUACAUGGGGAAACGGUUCUAUUCCCCAACAACGGUUACCUAUAAUACAAUCAUUGAGACAUUUGGAAAAGCGGGAAAUAUUGAUAAGAUGGAAGAGUUUUUCUUGAAAAUGAAACAUCAAGGAAUGAAGCCUAAUUCAAUCACUUAUUGCUCUCUGAUUAGUGCUUAUAGUAGAGCUGGAAUUCUAGAAAAGGUUGAUUCGAUUUUGAGGCAAGUAGAAAACUCAGAUGUGGUUCUAGAUACUACAUUUUUUAAUUGUGCCAUUCAUGCUUAUGGCCAAGCUGGUGAUAUAGAGAGGAUGGUUGAGUUGUUCUUCAAAAUGAAGGACAGACAAUGUAGACCCGAUAAUAUCACCUAUGCUACCAUGAUAAAGGCAUACAGUGCACAGGGGAUGAUUGAAGCCGCUGAAGAUCUACAGAGUAGAAUGAUCAGUGGUAAUGACUUUCCAGAAACAAAGUUAAUUGGAUCACCGACACCCCUUGAUUAGUUGGUGUGGGAGAGAGGACCUUCUUCGACGUUUUGUACUGGAAAGUUUGAAGUUCUUUACGUGUGAAGUGACAAUUGCCAGCUUGCUUCUUGUGGGUGUCUUGUUAAGCGGCUGGACGAAAGUACAGAACCCAAUAUAUAUAAUUGAACUUAUACGGCCCCCUUUUUUGAUGAAUCUGAAUGAAUCCCGCAAUGAUGAUGAACACAUACAAUCGACAACUUGGAGGCUAUCAGAAUCCGGGAUCCUCAAUCGUCUGCCCCAUGUGUAGUAUAUAGAAGACCUCUACACCUCAUAGCUACUUACUGGACUCUGCUUGGGCAUAUAUACUGGAAUGUGAAACUGGGAGAUUGGACAAUUAGUCCACUUGGGAUUGAUUCAAAGACUGAUGGGAGGCACAAACCAAGAGUCCUGCUUCCCCAUUAGAUAUCUUUUGCCUAAAUGUCUUGUUUCUUGUAUAGGUUAUAACAUUGAAAGAAU